UCAAUUCUAGUCUUAUGUAGCAGAUAUAUAGUUAUCUUCUUCACCGGAAAUGAAGGAGAGUUCCCUGGUUUUUGUCUUCCUCUAGUGAGAGCAGAUUCCUGAUUUUGUGUUCACCAAAAAACAAGCCCCCAUCUUUAGUGAGAUUACCAACAAGAAGAAAGAAAGAAAGAAAAGAUAGAGUUUUGGAAAAGGGAAAAAAGACAGACAAAUUUUUAUAAUUAUCUCAAUAUCUUUUGUAUUAAUGUCAAAUAUCACAGGUAACGAAGGGAGUUUCUCUUCAGGAAAUACUGGGGAAGAAGUCCACCAGCUUCAAGAAACGCAGCACCAUCAAAACCUACAAAAUCACUUGCAGGGUUCAACUUCAGGACCUUCAGCUACAACUAACAGCAAUGGCUCUAACUCUCAACAACAACCAGCACAGAAGAAGAAAAGGAAUCUUCCCGGAACUCCAGAUCCUAAUGCUGAAGUUGUUGCCCUAUCUCCAACAACUCUAAUGGCUACAAACCGCUUCGUGUGUGAGAUUUGCAACAAGGGGUUUCAAAGGGACCAAAACCUACAGCUGCACAGGAGAGGCCAUAAUCUUCCAUGGAAGCUCAGGCAAAGGACCACAACGGAGGUCAGAAAACGGGUGUAUAUAUGCCCCGAGCCAUCAUGUGUCCACCACAACCCUGCUCGUGCACUAGGAGACCUUACGGGCGUCAAAAAGCACUUCAGCCGUAAACAUGGGGAGAAGAAAUGGAAAUGUGACAAAUGUUCCAAGAAAUAUGCAGUGCAAACCGAUUGGAAAGCCCAUCAAAAGACAUGCGGUACUAGGGAAUACAAAUGCGACUGUGGAACCAUCUUUUCCAGACGAGAUAGCUUCAUCACCCACAGAGCUUUCUGUGAUGCAUUGGCUGAAGAAAACAACAAAGUAACCCAAGGACUAAUGAACAACAUUAGAUCAAACAUGCGAAGCCAGAUGCCAGAGCUUAUGUCAUCAAUGCCCUUAAACAGCGCUGCCAUUAAAUCCAUUGGAAUAUCUGAUUUCAACAAUUUUGACCCCAAGAACCCUCUCAAAUCCCUUCCUCAAGAUCUAGUCCCAAUACCUUUUAAGCCCAUGAACAUGGGAGCAGGUAUGUUUUCCAGCAGCUCCGGGCCUCUCUUUGGUGCACCGAGAAACAUUUCCUCAUCUUCUUCAACCCUCCAGCUUAGCUCCAAUGCCGCAUCUGGAUUCAACUAUCUCCAGGAUAGUAAAAAUGGAAGUCAAAUUUGGGGAACGGCUCACAUGUCAGCCACAGCCUUGUUGCAGAAAGCAGCCCAAAUGGGUGCAACCGCAAGCAAUAGUAUAAACUCUCCCAUGAUGCAAAAGAGCUUUUCUAGUAGCGUGACAAGUCCUGACCUGCUGUCUUCAAUUAAACCACCAUCUUAUGGAGCCAUUCAGCAACACAACACUUCAUAUGAACAUUUCCCAUCUCAGCCCGAUCAAUCAAACAUGGUCGGAAUCAAUGGUGGUGCAUUCACUAGCCAUAUCACGCCAAAGACCCCACAAGAAAUAUCACAAUUUUUUGAUACUGGUACAGGAAGUCAAGCAAUGAAUGAUAUGGGAAUGUUUACUAGCAUGUACAUGAGUGGUGAACAAAACCAAUUCUUGAAAAACAUGGAACAUGAAGAUAGUAGUGUAAGUUCAAGCUCGAUACAGGGAAGACCUGGGAUAGAACGUAGCUCAUCAACAGGACCAUCAAGGUUUGGAGGAAGUAGUGGGGGUGGUGGUAUGAUGACACUUGAUCUUCUGGGGAUUGGAGGACCAAGGCUUGCCCAUUUACAUGAACAGCAGCAUAAUCAGUUGCAUCAUCAACGAACGGACCUUGAAGCAAUGAGCCAGCAAAUAAUGCCAAUAAUGAAUCCCUUUCACCAGCAGCUUUCUCUUGGUGAUUCAGCAAUUGAAAAGCACAUAUGGGAUGUUUGACAAAUUACAAACUUUUGUUUUGUGAUUUAGUUUUAGUGCUACAUCCAUGGAAGAAUAGUCUUUAGACCACGUUCCGAGACAAGCAAACUUCCAGUUAAUAACCAAUAAUACGUCAGCAGUCUUGUCAAUGUAAAAAUGAGCCUGCACUUGAAUUACUGAUCUCAUGCAUAAUCUAAAGAGAUAAGCUCUUGCCCCUUUGUGAUA